UGAUGUCAAUCGUCCAGCUGAUGAUAUGCUCUAAAGUUUCGGCUAAAUCUAUGAAGCUCCGACUAAAUCUCCGCAAUUUCAGUUCAAAUCUUAUCUCGUCGUCCUCACUCCUCAUCCACAAUCCUAUACUGUCCCAUGAUUCGUAUAUAUAUUUAUAUGCGCUGGGUGUCUUCAUGUUUCAUUCGGAGCUCGAAACGAUCGCCAGUCCCGAGUCCGAGCAAGAGAAACAACCCCACCCCUCCCCCCGCGCGUCCUUCUCUCUCUCUGUAGCAGAAGAAGUUCAACCGUCUGUUUAUACUGCUUGUCUUCGCAAUGGAGGACUAUGAUCUCCCUUCCGACGCUCUCUUCCUGGGGUUCGAUAGUUCUACUCAGUCCUUGAAGGCGACUGUGCUGAAUUCUCAUCUGAACAUUGUUGCUACUGAGCUUUUUCACUUUGACUCUGACUUGCCCCACUACAAUACCAAAGAUGGGGUCUUCAGAGAUCCCUCGGAUAACGGAAGGAUCGUUUCGCCCACCAUUAUGUGGGUGGAAGCUCUUGAUCUCAUGCUUCAGAAGCUCGCAAAAUCUGGUCUUGAUUUCGGUAAAAUCGCUGCCGUCUCUGGUAGUGGCCAGCAACACGGGAGUGUGUAUUGGAAGAGUGGAAGUUCCGCGGUUCUUUCGUCAUUGGAUCCAACCAAGCCAUUAGUGGAUCAAUUUGGGGAUGCCUUUUCGGUCAAGGAAUCACCGAUUUGGAUGGAUAGUAGCACGACUGCACAAUGUAGAGAGAUAGAGAAAGCUGUUGGAGGGGCUUUGGAGUUGGCUCGAAUGACUGGAUCACGUGCACAUGAGAGAUACACCGGGCCUCAGAUAAAGAAGAUUUUCCAGACACAGCCCCAAGUUUAUCAGGAUACAGAGAGAAUAUCUCUUGUGAGCUCCUUCAUGGCAUGUCUUCUUAUUGGGGCGUAUGCUAGUAUAGAUGAGACAGAUGGUGCUGGGAUGAACUUGAUGGAUAUUAAGCAAAGGAUCUGGUCCACAGUGGCCUUGGAGGCCACAGCGCCUGAUUUGGAGGAUAAACUGGGAAAGCUAGCACCUGCUUAUGCUGUUGCGGGUCAUAUUGCUCCUUACUUUGUGCAGAGGUUCAACUUCCACAAAAAUUGCUUGGUAAUUCAGUGGUCAGGAGACAAUCCCAACAGCUUAGCAGGUUUGACUCUCAACAAGCCAGGGGAUUUGGCAAUUAGUCUCGGCACCAGUGACACUGUUUUCGGGAUCAGUUCUGAUCCUCAACCAAGGCUUGAAGGGCACGUCUUCCCCAAUCCCGUGGACAAAGAAAGUUACAUGGUAAUGCUAGUCUACAAGAAUGGCUCUCUAACUCGUGAAGAUAUCAGGAACAGAUAUGCUGAGAAGUCUUGGGAUGCUUUCAAUAAAUCUCUGGAGCAAAUGCCACCUCUAAAUGGUGGAAAAAUCGGUUUCUACUACAAGGAUCAUGAAAUUCUUCCUCCUCUCCCUGUUGGUUUCCAUCGGUAUAUUCUUGACAACUUCACUGGUGACACUUUGGAAGGCCUGACAGAACGUGAAGUGCAGGAGUUUGAUUCUCCUGCUGAGAUCCGAGCAUUAAUUGAGGGUCAGUUUCUCUCAAUGCGAGCUCAUGCAGAAAGAUUUGGGAUGCCUGCUCCACCAAAUCGCAUAAUAGCCACAGGUGGCGCAUCAGCAAACCAAAGGAUCCUUAGCUCUAUAGCCUCCAUCUUUGGCUGUGACGUCUAUACUGUACAGAGACCUGAUUCGGCUUCGCUGGGAGCUGCACUCCCGGCGGCGCACGGCUGGCUGUGUAACAAGAAGGGCAGUUUUGUGCCGAUAUCAGGCAUGUAUAUGGACAAAUUGGAGAAGACGUCCCUCAGCUGCAAGCUCGCCGUCUCUGCUGGCAAUUCAGAACUAGUUGCUAAGUAUACAAUCUUGAUGAAAAAGAGAAUGGAAAUCGAGAACAGUCUAGUUGAAAAGCUGGGACGACACUAGAAUUAUACCUUCCCAAAUAAGAACAUUUGAAUAACAAAGUUAUUUGUGGGCUUGAUCCGAUGUCACUGGAGAUGAAGCUCCUAGUAAAUAUUGUUCGACGUUCUCUUUGAACGAAUGAAUUUUGGUUCCCAUUGUUUUUUUAGCAACACUCCAUUUGAUUUAUCGGCUUGGGUUUCUGGAAUCA